UGCUCACAGGUUUCAGGAUCAAGAUGAAGAGUGUUCAGGUUCUGCUGCUGACUCUGCUGUCGGUCAUGGCAGCCAGCGCUCAGGUGCUGCGGCUCGGACCCUGCCCCCAGCCUCCGGUCCAGGCCGACUUCGACGCCAGCCGGUACCUGGGUCAGUGGUACGAGAUCAAGAAGCUGCCCACCAUCUUCCAGAAAGGAGAGUGUGCCGUCGCCACCUACAGCCUGAAGGCUCCCGGAGUCAUCGGCGUGCUGAACCGCGAGCUGCUCGAGGACGGCUCCAUCAACGCCAUCGUUGGAUCGGCCAAGGUGAAGGAUCCCUCUGAGCCAGCCAAGCUCCAAGUCUCCUUCAACAACUCCCCUCCAGGGCCCUACUGGGUGCUGUCCACCGACUACGAGAGCCACUCCCUGGUCUACGGCUGCACAAACUUCGGUCUCUUCCACAUGGAGCUGUCCUGGGUCCUGAGCCGCAAGCCCACCCUGCUCAAGGAGACCAUGGCGGAGCUGGACGACAUCCUGACCACCACCGGCGUCGACGUCAGCAAGAUGGUCAUGGCAAACCAGGACGACGACUUCUGCUGGGCCCUGAGGCAGUGA